GACCCAAUUACGUUUCUGAACGCAUCACGAUCUCGUCAGAUCAGAACGGAGACAGAGUUAGUUAUAUCUCAGUGCGUAGUGUGGACGCGCGCGUUUUGCAAUAAUCUCCCGCCAUUUAAUUGACAGUUCAGUGUUUGUUGUUUUUAAAUUGGAACACUAAAAUGGCCACUGCGGCAGUGAGCAAGAACGGCGCGACACAGACGCUCAUCGACAAAGCACCAUGGACUGACGAGCAAGGCAUCGCCAUGAAGGUAUACCAGUUCGUGACCAUAGCGCUGGAGGUGUUCAUUCUGUACGUCAAGAUGACCUGGACCUGGAUCUACUCUUACUAUUUGUUCUUCGUACCCCCAGAGCCGAAGAGUGUUAAGGGAGAAAUCAUAUUGAUUACAGGAGCUGGUCACGGUAUGGGUCGAGAGACAGCGCUGCGGUUUGCCAGGUUGGGAGGAAUCUUGGUCUGCGUGGACAUCAACCCUAGCGGCAACCAGACCACAGUGGACAUGAUCAAACAGGAGAAGGGGCAGGCUCACAGAUAUGAAUGUGAUGUAACAAACCGCGAAGCAGUAAUAGCGUUAGGGGAGAAAGUCAGACGAGAAGUCGGUGACGUCACGAUGUUGAUUAACAACGCCGGUAUCAUGCCCUGCAAGCCGCUCAGAGACACCUCCGAGAAGGAGAUCCGUGCUCUUUUCGAAGUCAACAUCAUUGCUCAUUUCUGGCUGGUGCAGACAUUCCUCCCAGCGAUGAUGGAGCGCAACCACGGGCACGUGGUGGCGAUGUCGUCGAUGGCGGGCGUGAUGGGGCUGCGCAACCUCGUGCCGUACUGCGCGUCCAAGUUCGCGGUGCGCGGCCUCAUGGAGGCAUUGCACGAGGAGCUCCGGGAGGACGUCAGGGAUUUCAGUGGAAUCAAGUUGACAGUGAUCUGUCCGUACAUCGUGGACACGGGGCUCUGCAAGAACCCCAAAAUCAAGUUCCCGUCGCUCAUGAAGAUCGUGACGCCGGACCAGGCGGCCGACGCCAUCGUCGAUGCCGUCAGGAGGGAUUACUAUGAGAUCACCAUACCCAGUUCACUGUACUAUAUUAAUUUGGUCUGCCGAGCGAUGCCACGCGCCGUCCCAUUACAUCUCAAAGACUUCUUGGACUCUGGACUUGAGGCUCAAUAAGGACUUUACCAAAAUUUGAAUAAUUUAGAAUUGAGUGUGCAAAAUUUCGCGUCGUCGUUGCAACCUAAUGUCUAUACACUCUAUGUAUAUACGUAAUACAUCAUAGACAAUGAUAGUUACAUACAGUUCCGCGCUAACUUCCUAUCGUAUACAGGGUGUUAGAUUAAACAGUGUUUAUUUUGAAGUCAUGUACAGUAUCAUGAGUAAGUUCAAAAUGAAUGUAGUUUUCACACAAAAUGUCAAGACAGGACAUAUUACAAGCACAACAGAUAAAUCAGCAGAUACUAAAUUAUUCCUACGUGAGCCGGUAAGGCGACAUCGGUGGAGUACGAAAGAACGCGCGAGGUUAACCGAAUUAUCAACAUUCUAUAGAAUAUUUUUUUUUGUAUUUGCUUGUGUCAUUUUUAAAGAUUCAACUCAACAACUAUGGCCUAGGUACCUACAUUUAUGUAUAUAAUAAUGAAGCAUAAGAAAUAUGUGUAUCUUUUGAUGAUCACGCAAUAAAUUCAGUUUUAUGCUAGACGAACUCGUGAAUAUAUAGAUAUUUUAAUAUCCGAAUACGAUGAAAUGGCAUUGUGCAGUUAAGCAUAAGUUGUAAUUGUGUCUAGUUCUUGUUAAAAAUUUAUAGGUACCUAAUUCAUAAAAUGGAAAAAUCUAAACACUCGCAAAAAUUUUCGUGGUUUCCUGAAGUUCGUUUAUAGAAUUAGCAUAAAAAUAAUGUAGUUACCUAUCUAUUUUAGGGUAAUAUGGGACAAUAGUAAAGUAGAAUAGGUAUCGAUCGAUGAUCAAUUAUCGAAAAUGAUCGAUAUCUAGGUUCAUUUUCGAAAUAACAUCAGCAUACUCGCAUGUUUUGAUCUAUUUACAAUAUUUUGCUCUAUCGAUUGUGAAGCUUUCAUAUUAUGCAUCACUCAAAUUGUUUUAGAAAACUAACAUUAAAUUUAUAGUUUUAAAAUUUCGUUGCAUUUCUCAUUACUAAUGAAUUGUUUUUACUAUAUAUAAGAUUAUUUUUUUAAUAUAGGUAGAAAAGUAAGUGAUACGAUACUAAUUGGCUUGGCGAGGUGGCGAAGGGCGUGUUUUGUUAAAAGUUGAUUGAUUCGUGUGUAUGAUAGAUAUAAGUUUUUUUAUACAUACCAAUAAGUACUUAUAAGUAUUUUUUUAAACUUUUUACAAUGGACCAUGUACACAAUUUUUUAUUCUUACAUGAUAUUGUAGCAAAAAAAAUUUAUGAAAUAUGAAUUUAUUUGUAGAUAAUCUCAAAAUAAAAAGGUAAUUGAUUUAAAAUUUGUUAUUUACAUGAAAAUCACGCCAUAGAAAAUAGCAUUUCGACUAAUAUUUUCUUGCCCUGCCUUAUUUAUAUAUUUUUUUAAAUAACAAAAUUAUAAUUUUUUUGUUUAUUUGUAACUUUUUUUAAUGUAUAUAUUUUUUAAUUCUACGAAUGUGCCAUUUAUUAUGUAUGAUCUGACAUCACGAACAAAGUUUUGGAAUUUGAAUUAUGUUAUGUUGUACAGUGUGUGAUAUAUAAAAAUACAUUUAAGGUGGUUGUGAUGUUAGUUAAGUUGAAAGUGUGAUGUGAAAUAAAAACCGCAAUAUUUU